AUGCAGCGGGAUGAGAAGAGAGUUCGAUGCGACCGAUGGAGCCGGCUUCGGGGCGAUCCUGGCUUGAUGCUUUCAGCGGUGGUGACAAUCGGCUUCAAUGCCUUCAUGUAUAGUUACGGCUUUUUCAGCUGCAGACCUGGCGGGCACAUAUGGCAGACAAUCUCAGGAUAUGAGGGCGGCGAGAUGAUCAACAUGACUGGUACCUGGUUGGCUCUUCCUUUGGCCGCCUUGGAUCAUCCGUGGAAGGAUUUGCAAAACGCCACCUGUGGAGGAACAAUAAAUGGACAUCGUCCAGCACCUGAUUGGGACACUUAUGUUUGCACCCCGCUCAUGGACAUCCGCGCGGAGGAUAGCUACACCACGUGGAAGAGGAGUCUUCCCAGCAUGGCAGCCUUGAUGCUAAUUUUCCUCCUUUCCGCUUGGUGUGCAGAAGUUCGCAGCCCUCACUUCCGUUUGUGUGUCCACCUCCUCUUUGGCGUGUUUGUGAUCUUCAUUUCUUUUGGCCUUUUGGGGACCGCCAUCGUUGGCAUCAUGGGCUCAACCAUUGCCUUGGUGCCGAGACUCUUCCCGCCAUCCUCCCGGGCCGCACUUCCAGUGAUAUGGGCACUGGCCAUCGUAUGCAUGCAGCUGGUAUCGUUUUUCCUGGGGCAGCAUCCGCACAAAGUGCCUGGAUGGAACUAUGGCCAGGGCAUCAAGUAUUGGUCCACUCUUGAAGAGAUGGUUUGUGGGACGAAGCUGGAGCAACCACAGCCAAAUUCCCAAGUUUGCUUCAUCUCCAAGCCCUUCCUGACGUCAGGCUUGGCGCCAUGGUUUGUAUUUCGCUUCAUGGCCCUGAAAUUCAUUUCUUUAGCAGCCGAUACACUAUGGUUUUAUGAGGCCAAGCCCGAGCGGGCCGGCAUCGAGUCCAAAUCUGAUUUGGUUCAAAGAACUGAGCGGCACUUAACUGAGCCUGCAGAGCCCGAUCAAGAGGCAUUGACGGGAACUUCGACGAACUUCUACAGUCCGAAGUACUACCUUGCAUAUUUGGGCUACCCUCCACUCUUUUUUGCAGGUCCAAUCCUGUCGUACAACGCUUUCGUCUCCCAGCUUGAGCGGCCAAUUCUAUCAUACACGGCAGGCAUGUCACCUGAUGAGCAAGCGAAGAAAGCGAGGCAGGCUGUGGUGUUCUACUGCAUUCGGCUCCUCCUUCUGAUGAUAUUCAUCGAAUUUUUCACAGUUUAUUGGUGGUACAGCCAGAAGCUUCACCAGCUCACUUGCACAAGUCAAGAUGAAUACCAGAGAUGUCUAUUUGAUGAUUUGUCACCAUGGGAGCUAUACAUCGCAAUGCAUGUGGUCUUGCACUUCACUUGGUUGUCCUUGAUGAUUAUUUGGCGAUUUGGUCGAUUUCUCGCUCUAGCGGACGGCAUCGACUCUUUCGAGAAUAUGCUGGAGUGCGUGUCCUUGAACUAUACCUUCGUCGAAUUCUGGAGAAUAUGGCAUGCAUCCAUGAACGAGUUUAUGCUAAGGUAUCUUUAUUGGCCAUUGGGAGGCAAACAUAGAUCUUGGCUUGCUGUCCCUGUCGUGUUCCUUUUCGUGGGCUUCUGGCAUGAGCGCACAGGAUUGGGGACUCAACCUGGCUGGUAUGCAUGGGCAUUGAUGAAUGCGGCUGGUGUGGUCAUUAACAAAGUCAUUGAAGAGAGCUUGAACAAAUAUCGGACAACUGGACAGAUUCCCACACAGCCACCCGGCCGCUGGAUUGCGACUUUGGAGAUGAGCCGUUUGAGUGAUCGGCCGCACCGGUGGGUGGCACAGGUCAUUUUCUUCUUGGGCAAAGGCAUCGGGCCUGUGGCGUUAAUCCUGGUGAAGCAUGGCUCCAGUCUCGAACAUGUCAUUAGAUGGAUGGCACUCAUGGCUUUGGGUGAUUCAUGUUCCCAACUGCCAGCCGCUAGCCUGAGGAAUGCACCUGCCAUUUUUCUGUCAAGCUCUUUGCGAUUCUACAGGAGCUUGUUGUUUCGGGGCUGGGAAUCUGCUACACUGCUUCUUACAUUGGUUUUCACCUUUGCCUGCAAUGCCCAGCUUGUCGAUGCUCUUCGUGCUCCCAAGUCUUCGAGGCGUGAGCCAGCCAUGCAAUGA